AUAGUACUCUACCUGUCCGUUGCAUAUGUGAUGCCACAGGAUAUUGAUGAAGACGCCGAGCAGCCAAAUGAUGCAGUUGAGCAAAUGGAUUGGCCUCAGCAAGUUAUCUACUGGAAGAGCAUCGCGGCAAUGAACGAAUCAUUACGCCGCGAGAACGAGAAUAAAUUCAAGGGUAUGAUUGCUGCAGACCGUGUAAAGAUAAGUGCUCUUUCUGUGAAGGUGGCUAAGCUGUCUGCUCAAAAUAGAAGACUGAGAGAGGAACUAAGCGAAGCACGAUCCGGAACCCUCUCUGUAUACAAGGAUAAGAGCCCUACAGGAUUGGUGUCCAGCCCAUUGAUGGAGCCGCAAACUUGUACAGACACUCCAGGCACCGUGGGUGGCAUUGAUGUACAGUACGAGGGGGAUGUCAAUAAAUCAUUAUUAUUUGAUGAAACUAAUAAGGAGAGCGAGGCCCCUCCAACAGGGAGGGCCUCUCCACAACUAUUGUUUUCUGAUAUCCACAAGGAGAGUGAAGAUGCUCCGCCAGGAGAAUUACCUCCACCAGAGGCAUCUGCUGUUAAAAAGGCCCUUGAGGCAGAAAUAAACGAGGGAGAGAAGGUGUCCCCGCCAGCGAAGGAGCUACUAACUUGUACAGAAACAGGCACUCAACGCGAGGGCACUGGAAGGGAAAUAACGCCGGCGGUUGAAGUCCCUUCUGCAGGUGAUGGGGAGACGCAAACUUGUAUAGACACUCUGCGGGAGGACACUGGGAUGGAAAUAAAGCAAUCAGAGAAUGCCUCUACACCAGCAGUAGAGACAUCAACUGAUGACGAAGAUGCUCCUAUUGUGUUUUCAAAAGCUUUGAAUAAGAGAAAGAGGGGUGCAACGGGGGCACGCGGGAAGGUGGCCACUGCUGCACCCCCUAAACGGAAGAGAUGCAAAAGAUCGAUGAAGCCUUCCAAGUGGGUAGUCACCCCUUACACUGAAGGGAAGAAGAAGAAAGAAAAAGAUAACAUAGGGGACAAGGCUAUAAUAGAAGUGGUUGGGGAGGAGGAAGCGCAGGUGCAGGAAAACAAUGCAGAGUUGGCUCCUGCUCGGUUUUAUUAA